GCAAUAAAAAACACACAAAAGAUCAUGGACGAGUGACUGGUCGAAGCACAAAAUUUAAUGAUUCGAAACAGCCAACACAACCUAUAACCAAACAUAGUAAAACUCUCCCGCACAAUAAAUCACACGUGAAACCUAAUCAAUUACUUGGCAUUAAUGAGACGUUUGCACAAUCGUCCAAUAAACCAAAUAAUUCCGAAGAGCCUACACACUUCCAAGGGAAUCGAUCUCAAACCGCAAAUCUCUUACCCAGGUCAAUUUUACGAAAAAAUUGCGACAAUCAAAAACAAAACAAACGAAAAGUAUCAUUCGCCGAACCUUUAAUUUGCUAUAGUCCUUCGAAACCAAAUAGAUCACAGAAAGUGACUACAAAACGACAACUUGAUGAUCGUUCGGUUACAUCUAAUACUUAUGUCUCAGAUUUGAGAGAUCUUUCGACUUUGGAUAUCAAUGACAUUUCGGAAAAUAACGUUAUCCUUUAUAUUAAAACUUUUGAUGAAAAAAUCACCGAGUAUGCAAAAACUAUUAAGGACGCGUGUUUCAGCUACUUGGUUAAUGACUUACCUAGCUCGCUCAAUUCUUUCGACACAAAUCGACACCAUCACCAUCAUCAUGAUGAUAAAUGUGCGAUUGAAACAGGGAACGGAAUGUGUCAUAACGAUGGCUACCAAAGGUUGCUGGACAUCUACGCUCGGCUUCCAUUCUCCUGGCUCAAACGCGUCAUCGAAUCUGAGAAUCUCGGGGUAACCAGCAUCAUUAGAUAUAAACUAGCGAAAGACAUCAUCACCAAACGCCAAGAACUCAAAAUAUCCAACAAAGAUGAAUUUGCGUAUAUGUCCUUUGGAACAAAUCAUCACCAAAAUAUUACUAUCGUCCAAAAACGGGGAAUCAAAAAACGGUAG